AUGGCUGCACCAAUGAGGACGUCUAUUGUUUCAUGUUUGGUGCUUCUGCUACUGGAGUGUUGCUGUGAAGCGGAGUCUGGGCAGCUCUCGUAUUCCGUGUUCGAGGAAUUGAAUCCGGGGACGUCUGUAGGAAAUAUCGCCAAGGAUCUAAACCUCAGCAUUCAGGAUUUAGAAUCCCGUAUGUUUCAGAUUGUUACUGGGUCAAAAAGGAAAUAUUUCGAGGUAAAUGUAAAGACGGGUGUUCUCUAUGUUAAUGAGAGAAUAGACAGAGAGGAGCUCUGUGCAAAGGCACUGAAAUGCACAGUCAGUGUAGAAGCCGUGAUAAACAACCCGUUGAAGCUGUAUCGCUUAGAAAUAAACAUACUAGAUGUUAACGACAACGACCCGUUAUUCGCGGAAAAGACUCAAACUGUAGACAUAGCAGAGAAUACUUUGCCUGGUAUGAAAUUCGCUUUAUCGGAGGCUAUCGAUGCAGAUGUAAGUAAGAAUACGGUUAAUACCUUUAAAUUAACGCCAAAUGAAUAUUUUUCUCUCGCAACAAUCAAAGGAGAAAGCGUGUCUGCCGAGUUAGUUUUACAGAAAACACUGGAUAGAGAGAAACAGCCUGUGAUACAUCUCACUUUGACUGCUGUAGAUGGAGGGACUCCACCGAGAUCUGGCACAUCACAGGUCAUUAUACACGUUUUAGACAUAAAUGAUAACCCUCCAGUGUUUACUAGUACCUUGUACAAAACUCGUAUAUUUGAGAACACGCCAAGCGGGACAACUGUGAUUACACUAAAUGCAACCGACGCAGACGACGGGACAAACGGUGAGAUAGUGUAUUCCUUAAGAAGUAAAGGGCAAGAUCGUGUAUUAGAUAUGUUUCAUAUUGAUCCCAUAACGGGUGCGAUAAUUAUCAAAGCUAAUGUUGAUUAUGAGGAAAAUACAGCGUUCGAGAUCCGUGCAGAAGCAAAUGAUAAAGCUCACCCGCCGAUGUCUGCUCACUGUAAAGUGCUGGUAGAAGUAAUUGAUGUAAAUGACCAUGCCCCUGAGAUCACUGUGACGUCAUUGUUGAAUACAGUGAAAGAGGACGCUGAUGUAGGUACUGCUAUUGCACUUGUGUCCGUACUAGACAGAGAUGGGGGUAUAAAUGGCGAAGUAAAGUGUAUAAUCGUAAAUCGUGUUCCCUUUAAACUAGAGACAAAUUACAAAAACUAUUAUUCCCUUGUUGUUGAUGGAGCUCUUGACAGAGAAAUUACCUCCCACUACAACGUCACAAUUUUGGCUACCGAUGAAGGGAGUCCUCCUCUCUCCAACACUAGUGUUAUUACAGUUCACGUUUCUGAUGUAAAUGACAACUCGCCUUUUUUCUCAGAACCUGUGAUUAAUAUUUACGUAAAAGAAAACAGUAAAAUUGGGGUAAUUAUUAAAACGGUAUCAGCAUCUGAUGCUGACAUUGAUAAGAAUGGCCAGGUUAGAUAUUCCUUUUUGGACAGUAAUAGUAACUCAGUUCCCGUGUCUACAAUGGUAAACAUCAACUCAGAGACUGGAGAUAUAGUCAGCCUGCAGUCUUUUAACUACGAGGAGUUAAAAACGUUUCAGUUCAAAGUUCAGGCCACAGACUCUGGUGUUCCUCUGCUCAGCAGCAACGUGACUGUGAACGUUUUAAUUCUGGAUGAAAAUGACAAUAAUCCAACAAUUCUCGCGCCCUAUUCUGAGCAUGUUAACAGUGAGAGCAUCCCCUAUUCUGCUGAAGCGGGAUACUUUGUGGCAAAGAUCCGGGCUGUAGACGCAGACUCUGGAUACAAUGCGCUGCUUUCUUAUCACCUCUCUGAGCCAAAAGGGAACAACCUCUUCCGGAUCGGAACCAGCACCGGAGAAAUCAGGACUAAGAGGAGAAUGAGUGACAAUGACCUGAAAACUCACCCCUUGAUGGUGUUGGUGUCUGAUAACGGAGAACCCUCCCUGUCAGCUACUGUGUCUAUAGACGUGGUGGUGGUUGAAAGCACAGCUGACAUCCAGACUCAGUUCAGACAUGUGCCCAUAAAGGAGGAGAGCUUCUCUGAUUUAAACCUGUAUCUGCUGAUCGCCAUUGUGUCGGUGUCAGUGAUCUUUCUGCUGAGCCUCAUCAGUUUAAUAGCUGUCAAAUGCCACAGGACAGACGGCAGUUUCAGCAGGUACAGCGCCCCAAUGAUCACCACCCACCCUGACGGGAGCUGGUCUUACUCUAAAUCUACUCAGCAGUACGACGUGUGUUUCAGCUCAGACACACUGAAGAGUGACGUAGUGGUUUUCCCCGCACAGUUCCCGCCUGUAGAUGGUGAACUGAUCAGUAUUAACGGAGGAGACACUUAUACCAGAACUCAGACACUACCCAACAAAGACAAGGUAAGAGCCAUACAGAAAGAACACUUUAAAUCAUUCAAAGUUCAGGCCACAGACUCUGGUGUUCCUCCGCUCAGCAGCAACGUGACUGUGAACGUUUUAAUUCUGGAUGAAAAUGACAAUAGUCCAUCAGUUCUCGCGCCCUAUUCUGAGCACGGCUCCGUUAACAGUGAGAGCAUCCCCUAUUCUGCUGAAGCGGGAUACUUUGUGGCAAAGAUCCGGGCUGUAGACGCAGACUCUGGAUACAAUGCGCUGCUUUCUUAUCACCUCUCUGAGCCCAAAGGGAACAACCUCUUCCGGAUCGGAACCAGCACUGGAGAAAUCAGGACUAAGAGGAGAAUGAGUGACAAUGACCUGAAAACUCACCCCUUGGUGGUGUUGGUGUCUGAUAACGGAGAACCCUCCCUGUCAGCUACUGUGUCUAUAGACGUGGUGGUGGUUGAAAGCACAGCUGACAUCCAGACUCAGUUCAGACAUGUGCCCAUAAAGGAGGAGAGCUUCUCUGAUUUAAACCUGUAUCUGCUGAUCGCCAUUGUGUCGGUGUCAGUGAUCUUUCUGCUGAGCCUCAUCAGUUUAAUAGCUGUCAAAUGCCACAGGACAGACGGCAGUUUCAGCAGGUACAGCGCCCCAAUGAUCACCACCCACCCUGACGGGAGCUGGUCUUACUCUAAAUCUACUCAGCAGUACGACGUGUGUUUCAGCUCAGACACACUGAAGAGUGACCUAGUGGUUUUCCCCCCACAGUUCCCACCUGUAGAUGGUGAACUGAAUCAGUAUUAA